CAUUCGAUCUAAUUCCUCACAUAACAAUAACUAUACGUAUUUCAUUCUCUAAGUAAAUUAGAGUCGGCUACUGCUUCAAUUAAGCUCAUAUCACAAUUAAGCUCACAUCAAACCAAUUAAGGUCACUCCGUAAGUCAUCCUCACAUGAUCCAACAAAAAUAUCCUCUCCCAGCUUCAAACAAACGACUGAAGCACCAACACUCAAUGAUCCCACCAGCACCGCCGUGGCAUCGUUGCUACUGAGGCUCUCCACAUAUAUCAUCCUCUUCGUAAACUUUAAAUUUCUCAAAAAUUCAAAAAGUUAUAACCUAGCUAGGUUGAAUAUUCUCAGUGUAAGAUUAUUACGCGAAAGGUUGUAACCAAGAGUAAUAAAGAAUUUGAUGAAUCCUUUGGAGGUAGUAGUCCAGGUUGAAAAUAGAGGCACAAGUCCUGUGUUUCUAAAGGAAAGGUUCCUCUAUGCGCUACCAGGCCAAUACGGUCUUGUGAUUAAACUGGAUGCCCACGAGAUAAAGGUUUUCUCGGCGCAGAAAUUCUUUAGACGGAACAAGUUAUUCAGAAGACCCUCAAUUAUAGAGGUUCACGAUGUAAAUGGGAAGCUCGUUCAGCGCGUGACUCCACAAACAUUCAUGAUCUUUCCAAAAAUCAUCAUCUACGAAACUCCUGAUGAAAAAGGCGGAUCAAUCAUCCUUGGGAUUCGUCCCGGCCGAGCUCUUGAGCUUUCUCGUCUGCGGGCAUUCACCUUUCUCGCGAUGGGCUAUAAAGGAAGGGACGAAGUUCCGGUUGCCAAGGAAUAUUCUCAGUGACUUUCUGAAGAUUGGACUACAGGCUGUGAUAAUAUUUUAGUGUUUACUGCAGUCGAAAAUUCGUUCUUUAGUUUGGCUUGAGGGAGAAGGCUUUUGAAUUUUGAUAUUAAUACUUUUUUAUUGGGGUGGGGGAGGUGUUGACAAAUGACAAAUCUUAUAUAUUGAUUCUGUACUUUUUUCUAUUUUGAUGAUGGAGGAGAAUUAAUGUGUAUUAUUAUUAUUAUUAUUA